CGAGCUCGAGCUCUCCUCGCCGGAAAAUUCGAUUUGAGUCGCCAUUGCAGCCGUAUCCUCUCCUCCGGCGAGCUGCGUCGAGAUAGAGAGAAAAGGAUACAAUGAUGGAGAACGUGAUCAUAUAUUUUAAAUGCAAAGGUCGCAUGUAUAGCUUGAUGAUGAAUACAUCGGAGGGGAAAAUAACGCUCUCCAUGUUAGAAGGUAGGAUAUGCACGAAGCUUGGAUUAGAUGAAAGUAAGGUUAAAUUGCAAAUGAGAUACAAUGCUGUGCUGAUGGGACCAACUGAAGAGAUUUACAUUAGUGAUGAUGAGGAUGUAGGUGUCUAUAUAUCUUCAGGUGAAAAUUACCGUAGAUAUGUUUUGAAUGUGGACGUCAUCACUCCACCAGAAUUGCCCGAGCAACUGUCGAGAGUGGAGCUCCUCAAUAAAAGUUCUGUUGGUAAGAACUAUGUGGAAUUGGAUUCAAAUGAGGAUGAAAUGAGAGAUAGUGCUGCCAUCGUUUUGUGCGAAUGCGAGGAGGAACAAGGAAUAGUACCAAAUGAGGCAAUAAUGGAGGUUGAUGAUACUCAAGAUCCUGAGAUUGGAUCACGUGAUGAAUCUAUGGAUAGAUGUGAUGAUAGGGGUGAUGAAUACGUUGAGCCACCGCCUGUUGUAGAAGCUGGUCAGUUUAAAAAAGAAUGGGAAGACGGUAUUGGACUGAUCCCGGAUAAGUCACAGUGGGAUAUCCCAGAUGAGAUCAAAGCGUUGAAGGUAUUACCUCUGCCUCGUAAAAAGAAGAAGGGUAGAACAAAAGUAUUGAGGCUUCCAUCCACCGGGGAAAGGCGUCCAAAACGUCAAAGGACUCAAAACAAAAGGAGGCCGAGGCAAUCGCUGCAAUGGUUGUUAUUUGGCAACCAUAGUAUUUGAUUUUAUCUGAACUUGAUGAUUUGUAAACCAUAUUUGCGUUGUACAACUAUGUAACACUAGAUUUGCCUCCUGUAAUACUAGGUUUUAAUUCACUGGCGUAAGGGUAAUACUAGUAUAACAGGUAUUACUAAUGAAAAAAUUAGGUAACACUGGUAUAACUAGUAUAACUACUGAAGAAAAUUAUGAAAUUUGAUAUUUCUAAUUUUUUCAACACCAACUAUAACAUAGACUAUUAAGUGAUAAUAAACUCUUACAAAUGAUUUAAAACGAAGUAAGAAUAGGGAAAAAAAAAUAUUUUCAUGUAAGAUUGUUUUAUGAGACUACAUCCAACAUAUUCCUUAUACUUUUAAGCUCACUUUUGAUAUAAACUCCAAUUUAGGAUUGAUAUUUUACAAUUUUAUAUAUUUUUAACAUUUUAUUACAUUAAACCUUUAGAAUUCAAUAAUAAUAGAGUUUCCUCAAGUGUACAACUAGAUAAAUCAUUUUUAAGGAUGUGUAAUACUGGUUAAAUUUGAAAACACCAAAAGUAAAACUAUGUGGACAAUUUGUACAACUGAAAACUAGGGUACAACUAUGUUAAAAAAAACGGCGCACAUGUCACAAAGACUGCGCACACGUGGAUUUGACUGCGCACACGUGGGUUUGAGUGCGCACACGUGGGCAUAUAAUUCCAAUUUCUCCCCCCAAAUUUUUUUUCCCUCCAAUUUUUCCCCCCAAAAUCAAUUAAACCCAAAAUCAACAAAAACAAAUAACUAAAAUUCUUUUUUUCUCCACUUCUAAUUCACAAUCGAGACUUCUCCUC